UUUUUUCCUUGUCAGUUUCCUGGAGUGGAGAUGCAAACACACAAGCCGUUUCGCAUCCUGUCUUUGUUUUUGUGUGGUUGUGUGUAUUGACGAGUGCAAGUUUAUGCCCUCUGUCCCAGAACGGGAAGUUUAACAGGCCAGGUUAUUGUGACGGUUUCACAGCUGCUGGUUGCUGCGUGCAGGAUGUCGGAGCUGAGCGAUGAGGCCAGCGAGUCGGAGCAGCUGGGGGCCAGCCUGUCAGUGUGGCUGGGGGCCGGGCAGCUCGUGCGGCCCGAGGAGCUGGACGUGCCGCUGGACCUUCACACCGCCGCCUCCAUCGGCCAGCACGACGUGGUGGUGGAGUGCAUCCGCAGGAAAGAGGUGGAUUUGAACAGGAAGAAUGUGGGCGGCUGGACGCCGCUGAUGUACGCAGCCUACAUCGGGCACGACCGCAUCGCCAACGUGCUGCUGGACGCCGGGGUGGGCGUCAACGUCACCACAGUUCGCCGGCAGACGCCACUCAUGCUGGCAGCCAGCUGUGGCAACGAGGGGAUCGCACACUGCCUCCUGGAGCGAGGUGCAGAGCUGGAGAUGAGGGACUGCCGUGGGUGGACCGCUCUGUUCCACUGCACCAGCACCGGGCACCAGCAGAUGGUCAAGUUCCUCCUGGACAACAACGCGGACGCCAGCGUCAAGGAUCCCAAGUCUGGCUUUACUCUUCUGAUGGAGGCUGCUGCCUCGGGCCACGAAAUCAUCGUCCAGAACCUUCUACAACGCGGAGUGAAGGUGAAUGAGUGCAACGCAAAGGGAGAAACCGCCCGGGCCCUGGCCAUGCUGUACGGACACACCAAGAUCGCCAGCCUCAUUGACAUCCACUCUGUGCAGAUGCACCCCAAAGCAGGGCUCUUUGAAGACCUGAGCUCCUCCGAGGACUCGGACAGCACGCCUCGCCGGUCCCACCGCAGCCGAAACAAACCACUGAGCAUCCACGACGGGCCGCAGGCCAUCGCCUUCCGAGUGGGAGACGCCACCAAGUACCACGAGCGCAGCGUGGCUCCUCCGGGCUAUGUGACGUUCCGAGCCGGACGGGGGCAGUCCGAGGGCAUCAGUAACCGAGACGUCACCUCGCCCAUCAACAAGCUGGAUCUGGAGAGCAACAGCAGUCAAGACGAGAGUCCGUUCUUUGACAACGACAUGCCUACUAUGAGGUGCAGCAGCAGCAGCAGCAGCAGCAGCGUCGAGGGGCUGCCCCCAAAACUGGGGAUCAGUCGGGACGGCUCCCUGGAGAGCAAUGAGGACUCGGACCAGAAGAACUCACCACCCAAUCGCAGGAAGAACAAGAAUCGCCACGGCAACAGUGAGAGUCUGCAGGCCUGCAACGCGGUGAAUUCUAGUGUUCACCCCCCAGCUGCAGGGGCUCCUUCAUACUCCGGUCCGAAGGACCUGGGCGAGUUCCUGGAGACGAUUGGGUUUUCAAAGUACGUCCCGCUGCUGGAGGAGCAAGACAUUGACCUGCGGAUCUUCCUCACGCUGACUGAGAACGACCUGAAGGAAGUGGGCAUUACGCUGUUUGGUCCCAAGCGGAAGAUGACGUCGGCGAUCGCGCGGUGGCACAGCAACGCCCGCCCCCCCAGCGAUGCCCUUGAGCAGGCGUACGCUGACCAGCUGGAGGCAGAGAUGCAGGAGAUAGCAAUCCAGCUGCACAAGAAAUGUGCGGAGAUAGAGCAGCUGCAGGGCCAGGUGUCUCAGGAGAGGGAGUUGCGCACGGUGGUGGAGAGCUGUCUCAUGGAGGACAAGAUGGGCUGGAGGAGGUUCCAGGAGCAGGUGGAGGUCACGCAGGGAGCGGCGCGGGAGGCAGGCAGAGCGCUGGAGAGAGUGCGGGCGUGCCAGGCGGAGCUCCUUGUGCGGCUGAAGAACGACAGCACUGGCGGGUUGCGGUCGGAGGGCAGAGCGAUGCAGCAGGUUGAGAGUGGGGAGAAAGGCAGUGAUAGCUGGAAGGACUCCCUGAAGUCGCUGAGUGUUUCGGAGCUGGCGUCUUCACUAGAGGAGUGUCAAGGGGAAUUGGAGAAGACAUGGCCGCUGGUGAUGAAAAACCUGGACAGACUGAAGGACGCAGAGAAACAGAGUCCGGGCUGGACAGAGUCCUAGCCUUGCAAUUGCUGAUCUUGUUGUUGUUAAAAUUCUUGACGGAGGGUGAAUCUGCCAUCCUGAACAAGCUCGCCAGAGGGGGGUGCCACCGAGUCAUGGGAGCAGCAUUGCAGGGGUUCACCGGGGCAAGCUUAGACAAGCAGGCAGGGGAACCACCUCCCUUCAGCCUGAGCACUACAAGAACACUUAUUUAAAACCUCCUUGCCUGACAAGACAGUGGUGAGGGAGGUGUCAGGAGCUCCAGAGCCAAUAGGAACUGUACUUUCAAUAAGGGGGCGGGAACAAGCAGGGGGUUGAUCCUGGGGUUUUUAUUGAGUUAGAGGGUUGGGGCAUAGCCAAGAGUAAGGCAAAGAGGGAGGGGUGGGGAAUGGUUAGAUUAGUCAUUUUUUUUAUAAAAUUGUUCUUAACCUGUCCGUUCUAGGAUUGAAACAAAGUAUACCUCUCUUGUCUUAUUUUUCAUGGUAUUGGAUUUUUUUAAUUGCAGAAAUUUUCCUCGCUACAUUGUUUCAUUUUUUAAUAAAUCCAUCAUCUGAACCAA